AUGUAUGCUAUACGAAGUUAUUACGCCCACAAGGCCCUGGGCAUGCUGCCCGUGGCGCCGCGGCCCGCGCGGCCCCCCGGAGACCCAGGCUCGGGCCCGGGCAGCGGCGGCACCUGCGAGAACCCUGAGAAGUUCCAGUACGUGGAGAAGAGCCGCUCGUGCGCGCCGCGCUGCGGCCCGGGGGUCGAGGUGUUCUGGUCGCGGCGCGACAAGGACUUCGCGCUCGUCUGGAUGGCCGUGUGGUCGGCGCUGUGCUUCUUCUCCACGGCCUUCACCGUGCUCACCUUCCUGCUGGAGCCUCACCGCUUCCAGUACCCCGAGCGCCCCAUCAUCUUCCUCUCCAUGUGUUACAACGUCUACUCGCUGGCCUUCCUCAUCCGCGCCGUGGCCGGAGCCCAGAGCGUGGCCUGUGACCAGGAGGCGGGCGCGCUCUACGUGAUCCAGGAGGGUCUGGAGAACACGGGCUGCACGCUCGUCUUCCUGCUGCUCUACUACUUCGGCAUGGCCAGCUCGCUCUGGUGGGUGGUCCUGACGCUCACCUGGUUCCUGGCGGCCGGCAAGAAAUGGGGCCACGAGGCCAUCGAGGCCCACGGCAGCUACUUCCACAUGGCAGCCUGGGGCCUGCCAGCGCUCAAAACCAUCGUUAUCCUGACGCUGCGCAAGGUGGCGGGGGACGAGCUGACUGGACUCUGCUACGUGGCCAGCAUGGAUGCCGCGGCGCUCACAGGAUUCGUGCUGGUGCCCCUCUCCUGUUAUCUAGUGCUGGGCACCAGCUUCCUCCUGACCGGCUUCGUGGCCCUCUUCCACAUCCGCAAGAUCAUGAAGACAGGAGGCACCAACACGGAGAAGCUGGAGAAGCUCAUGGUCAAGAUUGGGGUCUUUUCCAUCCUCUAUACGGUGCCUGCCACAUGCGUCAUUGUGUGCUACGUCUAUGAACGCCUCAACAUGGACUUCUGGCGCCUUCGGGCCACAGAGCAGCCAUGUACAGCGGCCACCAUGCCCGGAGGCCGAAGGGACUGCUCUCUGCCAGGGGGCUCAGUGCCCACUGUGGCUGUUUUUAUGCUCAAAAUCUUCAUGUCACUAGUGGUGGGCAUCACCAGUGGCGUCUGGGUAUGGAGCUCCAAGACUUUCCAGACCUGGCAGAGCCUGUGCCACCGAAAGAUGGCAGCUGGCCGGGCCCGAGCCAAGGCCUGCCGGGCCCCCGGGGGCUAUGGCCGUGGCACUCACUGCCACUAUAAGGCCCCCACCGUGGUCUUGCAUAUGACUAAGACGGACCCCUCUCUGGAGAACCCCACACACCUCUAGCGACACAGGCCUGGUGUGGGGAGGCUGCUGCCCUCUCCUUGCCCUCCCGCCCCACCCCAAGAGACAGCUGACUAGCAGCUGCCCAGCUGUCAAGGUCAAGCAAGUGAGUGCAAGGGGGCUGAGGACCAGGGUGGGGACCCAGUAAAUCUCAUCCCCCAUUCCCGCUAACGCAGAGGGUGGGCAUGGCUGAGUCCCCACAGGGUCCUAGGAGAAGAUGUGGAAAGGAGGAAGGGGCAGAAGGGGGCAUGGUCCAGCAGGGAGUUUAUUUAAUGAUGUAAUUUAUUGUUGCGUUUCUCUGGAAGCUGUGACUGGAAUAAACCCCCAUGUGGCA